AAGAUCUUGUCCAAUGUUUCCAUCUACCUAUGUACCAUCUGUGUGGGCAUCAUGUCAUACUACAUGGCAGAUCGGAAGCACCGCAAAGCCUUCCUGGAAGCCCGGCAGUCUUUGGAGGUCAAACUCAACCUGGAGGAGCAAAGCCAGCAGCAGGAAGGAUUGAUGCUUUCCAUUUUGCCCAAGCAUGUAGCUGAUGAAAUGCUGAAAGAUAUGAAGAAGGAUGCAAGCCAAAAAGAGAUGCAGCAGUUUAACACCAUGUACAUGUACCGCCACGAGAAUGUCAGUAUCCUCUUCGCCGACAUUGUUGGUUUCACACAGCUGUCGUCCUCAUGCAGCGCCCAAGAACUGGUUAAGCUUCUGAACGAGCUCUUUGCUCGCUUCGAUAAACUAGCAGCAAGGUUCCAUCAGCUCCGUAUCAAGAUUCUGGGAGACUGCUAUUACUGCAUCUGUGGGCUGCCGGACUAUCGCGAGGACCACGCCGUGUGCUCCAUCCUCAUGGGUCUUGCCAUGGUGGAGGCUAUUUCCUAUGUGCGAGAGAAGACCAAAACAGACGUGGACAUGCGUGUGGGCGUACACAGUGGCACCGUCCUGGGAGGAGUCUUGGGACAGAAGCGCUGGCAGUAUGACGUGUGGUCCACAGAUGUGACAGUGGCUAAUAAGAUGGAAGCUGGUGGCAUCCCAGGGAUUAUCAUGAGCAUGUCUGAAGUUGGCUUCCGACUGGUUUCACGGACAGAGUUGAGGGUUGCUACCUCUUUGUGA